AUGUCCUGGACAGUAGCUAGACAUAGAUUCAAGAGAGAUCCGGAAAAGUACACUGGAGUACUCAAGGAAUACUGGAAAAAGAAAGUCCAAGGGACUUCCAUGCCCACUUUUGAAAAUUUCACUCCUUACAAAUUACCUAAACAUGAAAGAAAAACCGAUUUCCAAGUUGGGAUAACUCAAGGAGAUUUAGUUUAUGUCACCGAGGGUGAAAAGAAAGGAUCAAUCGCUAAAGUGUACAUGUACAAUCCCGAAUACAACCAUGUCAUGAUCUCGGACCAUACUGAACAAAGAAUUCUUCCUAAAUCUAGAUGGACCGAGGGUACCACUUCCCACGUUAUCGAUAUGCCUAAAUUCAUGCCUUUGACUAGUAUAAAAUUAGCCGGUAAGGAUAAAGACGAAAACGGGAAAGUCAGUUACGUCGUAGCUGAUGAAGUUAUCCUCAAGGACCAGUACUAUGACGAUAGAUAUAAGAGAUGGUUACCUAGACGUUUCGUAAAACACCACGAAUCAGUAGAAAUCCCCUGGCCUGCACCAGAAGAAGUUGAAGAUGGGGAAUUAAGUACCAAGGAAAGUGCCGCUUUGGAAAAGACCUGGGAAUUCCAAACCAUUGGUCAACCACCAGUUCCAGAAGACGCAUUACCGGAAUUACGUAAUCCUUAUUCCCAAUACAAAAAGAGAACCUUGACUGCAUUACAAGCAUACAAGUUGAACUAUCCAGAUAUGCCAUUGACUAAAGAGCAAAAGAUUUACUUGGCCAAGAAACAAGAACAAGCUAGUGCCAAGAAACUUACUCCAUUGUCCGAUGAAAUUAAAGAAUUUAUUGGUAGUAAGAUGGCCGAUCAUAUUAAUAAGAUUGAAAGUGAAGCCAUGCUUGCUCAUUUAGAAGGAUUAUCUAAAGUUCCAAACCCCGACUUUGAAAAGAACAUGGCUGAAUUACAGCAGUAA